UUUUUUCAACAGUACAAGCAAGAAAUGGUACUCGCACUACUUGGCUGGAAUACCGUCUUGUAGUGAACUUUUACACAACGGCACAGCACAAGACUCUGUCUUACAUUGUGGAAAAAGCUUCACAACAAAAGACACUUCUCUAAACGCCACAUCAGGUGCAGUUGCGGCGAAGAAAACCCAAAUUCAAAUCUGCCAAUCUUCUCACCAUUUGCGGGACGGCAUGAAUUGUAAUUACUUGCAAUUAAACACAGCGAGGAAGGAAAAAAUUAUCACUCCAGAAGUUCAGUCCCUUUCUCGUUGUGCUGCUCUCGUUUUGUAUUUCUGCUCUGCUUCGGCGGUCAAACUUCUUCGCUAUCGGGUCGGGAAUCAGAGCGCUGAUCCGAAGACAUUAUGUGUUCGUCCUUCCAGGAUUACAGUCUCUCUUUCUCUCUCUCUAUUUCUCUUUGGUGUAAACCUUUCCUCCCACGCUUGGCGAGAGAUCGUCCUGUUUGGUUUGCCCACUACGGCACUCUGGCCAAACAACAUUACAGGAGCUGUCUCGUGCUCGCUUCCUGCUCGUACACCUUGAACAGUUUUCUCCCCCACAACACACACACACACACACGCACACAGUCACUCUCUUUCUCUCUCUUCCGCUCGCGACGGCUUUCCCACUGGAGCAGAUUGGCCCCAGGCAGGUCGGGAAAAGCUUGAACUCCCGUCCGUUGGCGCUUACAGUUGCCUUUCGUUUGUCGUUGGUGAAAGUGAACGCGCCCGCUUGUGUACGGACAGGUUGGCCAUCGCCGUUUUUUGGGGGAGGGGGGCUCUUUUGCACCGGGAAAGGACCACCACCACCACCAGCAGCGGUACAACCCAGCUAAGGGGGAAGAGUCUCUGUCCACGAACCCGUGUGUGUGUGUCGUUUACCUCCGGACUUUUGGGGUCAAUUGCGGGAAAAUAACCCCACCGAGGAAAUAAGCCCUGCCAGAGACAGGACAGGAAAAACGGGAAAAUUCUCCCUCGCACAAGUGCGUGUCUGUGUGUGUCAGUGUACCAAUCACAUGAUCUGCCAGUCCGGAGCGUCGUGCAACAGUCGCGCGGAAACGGCACCACACGCAGAGUCGUCCUGAUCGGUGGAGCAGUCUGCUGGAGCACGCCAUGCACGAACUGCCUGCACAAACCUAGCCUGAACGCGUUCCCGCACACACAAACACACACACGUACACAUCCAAAGCCACACACACACACGCACGCAGUAACCGAGCAGGCGAACGGAACCCGUAACAGAGUCCGCGCGUGUCAGCGUUAGCGACAGCCCUUCGUUGCACACUUCCAGCGCGGGUUCCGUCGCGUCGGCACUCCACCACACCCCCUCCCUUCCCUCCUGCCCGUCUGCUUUCCCUCGCGGCCGCCUCCCCGGUAGCGUGUGGCUGGUGGGUGUGAUGGCCAACACUGCCCAUCUGUUCCGCAGGCAGAGCUCCCGGGAUUUGAUCCAGCAGGCGACCGUGCGCAGCCUAGAUGAGCUCGAGCUGAGAGAACUACGCAGCCGGCUGGUGCGGGCGGAGAACGGCUCGCAGAAUGUGGUGUACGGUGCGACGAACCAGGCGUUCAUCAGCGACGAUGAUCCACCGAUGGCGCGCAUCCUGGACAUUGGACCGUCCGGGACGGGGCCACCGGGCAAGGAGGCGCACAAGCUUGCCAUGCAGGCUUCCAUCGUGUCGCAACAGCAGCAGCAGGAGUCCGCCAUCGCCGAGCGGCCGGAAGACGAGCGCGAAAGCUGGGACAGCAAGUGGACCUUCCUGCUCGCCACCAUUGGGUACGCCGUUGGGCUUGGUAACGUGUGGCGCUUUCCGUAUCUGGCGCAGAAAAAUGGCGGCGGUGCGUUCCUGGUGCCGUACUUCGUAAUGCUGCUGCUGCAGGGCCUGCCAAUCUUCUACCUGGAGCUCGCGAUCGGGCAACGCCUGCGCAAGGGUGCGAUCGGUGUGUGGCACGAGGUGUCCGCCUACCUCGGCGGUAUCGGCAUCUCCUCCGCCUUCGUCAGCUACAUCGUGGCGCUCUACUACAACACCAUCAUUGCCUGGUGCCUGAUCUAUCUGCUGCACAGCUUCGAAACGCCGCUACCGUGGGCCGAAUGUCCGAAGCGACUGUUCAAGAACUUCACCUACGACAUCGAGCCGGAGUGUGUGGUGUCGUCGCCGACCAAGUACUACUGGUACCGCGAAACGCUCCAGGUGUCGCCGAGCGUCAACGAGCCGGAGCAGAUCAACUACACGGUCGCGCUGGCCCUCAUCACCGCCUGGUCGCUCGUCUACCUGUGCAUGGUGCAGGGCAUUACCGAGUCGAGCAAGAUCGUCUACAUCACGGCCAUCUUCCCGUACGUCGUGCUGAUCAUAUUCUUCUUCCGCGGCAUCACCCUCAAGGGCGCAUCGGACGGCAUCGCACACCUGUUCACACCACGGUGGGAAUCGAUUCUGGAACCGGUUGUCUGGUUGGAGGCCGGUACGCAGAUUUUCUUCUCGCUCGGGCUAGCGUUCGGAGGGCUGAUCGCCUUCAGCUCCUACAAUCCGGCCAACAACAACUGCUACCGGGACGCGCUCGUCGUGUCCGUAACCAACUGCUCCACGUCUAUGUUUGCCGGUGUGGUUGUAUUUUCAGUCAUCGGCUUUAAGGCCACCUCCAUCUAUGACAGUUGCGUCGAGGAGCGCUCGGAGAUGAUACGUCAGAACAAGUCGCACGACCUCUUACCUGUUUGCGAUCUGCAAAAGGAGCUGGAAAAUGUAACUCCCCGCCGAUUGCAUCGAUCAAGUUCGUUUACUAAAAUUUCGGUUUUUCCACAUCUUCUCAUGCAGAGCGCCUCCGGUACCGGCUUAGCAUUCAUCAUCUUUACCGAAGCGAUCAACCAGUUCCCGGCGGCGCAGCUAUGGGCCGUUCUGUUCUUUUUGAUGCUGUUCACGCUCGGUAUCGAUUCGCAGUUCGGCACGCUGGAGGGCGUCAGUACCUCGCUGAUGGAUAUGAAGCUGUUCCCCAACGUUCCGAAGGAGAUGAUCACCGGGGCCCUGUGCAUGUCCUGUUGUGUACUGUCCCUGUGCUUUGCCAACGGUGCCGGUAGCUACAUCUUCCAGCUGAUGGACAGCUUCGCCGGCAGCUACACAUUGCUUAUAAUUGCGUUUUUCGAAUGCAUCGGUGUCAGCUACAUAUACGGGCUCAAAAGGUUCGCGGACGACAUCGAGCUGAUGACUGGUUCGCGGCCAAGCCUUUACUGGAUGCUCUGCUGGAAGUACAUAUCCCCGAUCGCAAUGAUAACGAUUUUGGUCGCCUCCUUUCUGGAGCUCGCAUCCGAGGGCAGUAGCUACCCGGGCUGGAAUGCGCUCACCGGUACCACCGAUCAGCUCGAGUGGCCGCACUGGUGCAUCGUGGUUGCCAUCAUGCUGAUACUGGUGUCCAUUCUGUGGAUUCCCGGUGUGGCCAUCUUGCGAUUAUGUGGCAUCAACGUGAUCGAAGACAGUGAGCCGGCCUGGUUCCCUUCGGCGGAGCUGCGUGACGUGCACGGUAUUGUACCGCACGAACCGACCGACAUUGAAAUAUCAUUGUUCUGCAUACGGGCCGACGGUUCCGAGGGACUCUGCUGUCCCAUCUACGGUCCGCGCGAGCAGCCACUGGACGAGGAGGAGUAAGCUGGGCCUGCCUACGGUGGGCAAAAUGCAUGUAAAAAAGAACAAACCAUUUCUCUCUACGCUCGUAAGGUACUCGUAAGGUACAGACACAAACACAUAACAGAGAUCGGUGUGCUAUUAUUGAACCAUUAAGUAGCUGUAUUUUUGUUGUACUGUCUGGUGUUAGGUUGACAAAACAGGAACGUCUAACGUACCAACUGAAAGAGCUAGUCGACGCUGAAGCCAUACUUACAUCCACGUCCACCAAGCAAAGCAUCCAAUAUAUAUAUAUAUAUACACCUUUACCCGCAACACAGCAACGUAUACACCUUAGAUGGAUCUACAGUUGCGUAAAAAGAAAAGCCAUCCUAUGCUAGCGUUUAAGUAUGAAUGUUCGAAUUUAGUGUUUAAACAUAAAAAAGGCAACAUACUCCCACCACUCACACAUAAAGACACGGACACUAUGCAAAAAGAAGCAGUAGAGAGAGAGAGAGAGAGAGAGG